AUGAACAAACCGCUAGUGGAUAGGGUGAUCUACGGCGGGCACAUUCCAAGAGAUUACCAAGAGUGGAAAAGGGAACUCAUCAGAAUAGACUAUAUUUGGAGAGAGAGAGAGAAAGAGAAGAAAGAAGGAGAGAAGAAGAAAGACGGAACCGGAUAUACCUAUACCGGUAGCGGAGAAAGAAUGGAAGUAGACAAAGCAAAGUUCCGCACGGAAGGACGAUGCUACCGAUGCGGAGAAAAGGGACAUAGAAGCUUCGAAUGCAAAGACGCACAAAAAAGGAAGCCACAAUUUAAUGGUUUUUAA